UUAACCUUUGUUUUGUCAUUUCCUUAUCACAGCAGUUUUUGUAAAGUUUUCCAUCAUCUGUUUACCAUCGAAGUUAAAAUUAUUUUCCGAAAUUUGUUCUAAUAAAUGAUAACGCUGUAUCUUUGUCUCUAUGCUACGAGCAAUGUCGGAGGUUAAUGUUAAAGCAGGCAUUGAGUGCAUAUUGAAACGCAUCGAAGAGGCAUAUGCUCGUCGGCCCGCGGAGCAUGUGAAAAUGGCUAAGCCACUGCUGGUAGCCGUCAGCAAAACAAAGCCGGUUGAAAUGAUAAUUGAAUCGUAUACGGCUGGUCAACGUCAUUUCGGUGAGAACUACGUGCAAGAGCUGGUGGAAAAGGCACAGCAUCCUGACAUUUUGCAACAUUGUCCGGAAAUCAAAUGGCAUUUUAUUGGUCAUCUGCAAAAUAAUAAAAUUAAUAAAAUACUAAAACUUCCAAAUCUGUACAUGAUUCAAACUGUCGAUAGCGAAAAGCUUGCCACUGGUUUAGAUUCUGCGUGGGGGAAAAUACAUGGUGAUAAUAAAACUCCUCUAUCUGUUCUUGUACAAGUCAAUACAAGUGGUGAAGAAGCAAAGAACGGCGUGCAACCCAGUGAAACCCCUGCGCUUUUCAAAUAUAUCCAUAAUAAUUUAAAAAACCUUAAAUUAGAGGGUCUUAUGACCAUUGGAGCAUUUGGCUUUGACUAUACGAGUGGUCCAAAUCCAGAUUUUAUCUCAUUGAUGAAUGUACAUCGCCUAAUUUUCGAAGAAAAUGCCCUUGAACCACAUGCCGUGCAAGUAUCAAUGGGAAUGUCGGAUGAUUUUGAAAAAGCGAUCGAAGCAGGCAGUACCAUUGUUCGUGUUGGGAGUGCUAUAUUCGGCUUCCGGCCAAAGAAAACCGCCUAAUUUGAAUGGAGGAAAAAGGAAGGAUAUGCUUAUUUUUUUUUAUUGUAUCUACAUACAUAAGUACAUACAUAUAUGUUUUUGUAAAUAUUACCGAUUUCUCUUAACGUGCAACAUAUUCCCUUAUGGAAAAGUGUGCCGUAUACGCUUUGCAAAAAAUAUAAAUGUUUUUCUACAAAAAAGUUGCACAUCAAGAGAAAAAUCCUAAUAGCUUUCGUCUCAUUGCGAGUCUUACCAAUCGCGAAAAAAUAAACAUAAAAAGAACGCCCAAAUUAUUUCAAAAAAAAGAAAAA